AGAGGGGUGCCAAUAUUUUGUACAGAGCGAAGUGUUUAGUAGAGAUAAGGAUUUUAAAAAAAAAAUCUUAUACAGGUGUUUAACUACUAAUAUAAAAAAAGAGAGCUGUAAACUCGCACUUCUGCCACAUGGGGGCGACACAGUAUCUGUUCUGUAGAAAGACAAGAACACAAGUAAAGUUAAAUAAAAUGAUGUUUGUGUCACACCGGAUCUGAUUCUUAUAGAAGUAAGGAAUAAACCUGUAGUUGUGUAAUACCUGUAGAACGAGGAGAACGCUGACAUGAAGAAGAUUGAAAUAUUUUCCCCAUGAAAACUAUAAAUGUGACGUAAAUUAGAAUAAGGAUUUCGUUUGACUUUGUGAGUGUGUAAAAUUGUUAGUAAUGAAGAAUAUAUAAUAUACAGUAUAUUCACAUUUGUACCAUUGUAAUAGUUCUGUUUGCUGUUGAUGCAAAAUGAUCUGUUUACUUGUUUGUACAUUAUUGUCUGUUACUGCCAGGCUCGAGCUCCUGGUGCUUUUCUCAGCGCGCGGUAUCUGGGAUUUAAACCGCUUUAUCUGAACAGGUCUUCAACCUUAUCACCCUCUUCAUUAUUUAUAGAAGCAUGUUUUCAAGUGUGUGUAUGUCAGAGAGAGAGAGACGGACGGACAGAUAGAUAGAUAGUUAGACAGACACCGAGAGAGAGAUGUUUAUUAGUGAAUGGAAAUGUUCGAUAUGAUUAGAGGCCACAUUUAUUUAUAACGAGCACAAAGAGACAGACAGAUAAAGACCAAGCACAAGCUAUCACCUAGUUACCCUGAGGUACCCCUAGUUACCCCUCAGCGACCUCCUUAACUUUUUACGGUUGUUACGAUUCACUACAUUUGUGAAAGAAUCACGCAUGGCGCAUUUUUAAUACCUGUUCUGUGGCUUCUGGGCAGGAAGACAGGUGUGCAGGUAGACUAGCGGACAGGAAGUCAGAUGGGCAGGUAGACAGGUGGACAUUUAGAGAGAUAAACAAGUUGACGUUAUAGAGACAGAUAAGUGGACAGGUAGACAGUUAUAGAGACGUAAGUGGACAGGUAGACAGUUAUAGAGACGUAAGUGGACAGGUAGACAGUUAUAGAGACGUAAGUGGACAGGUAGACAGUUAUAGAGACGUAAGUGGACAGGUAGACAGUUAUAGAGACGUAAGUGGACACGUAGACAGGUGCGUCACGGGUGGUUUUUACGUUUAUAAGAAGGAAGCUUUGAAUUCUCGGGUGAAGGAACGGAGCGCGUGAGGUCGCCUCGAGCCGCGUUACAGCGUCCAUGUUUUUUUUGUAAUUAACACUUUUAUUGAUUCACAAGUUAACACAAAGAGACAAACAACAUAUAUAAUGAAUCAAACUAUUUUAACAUAAAUCCCCACUAUAGAGAGUCCCCCAAAAACGCCAAAGAACUGCUCCAUUUCUUCCUGAAGGAAUUCCCAACUCCCAUCCCUCUGCUUGACCCCUCCUCAAAGGCAGUCACCCUCCCCAUCUCCACACACCACUCUGGAAACGAGGGCGCUCCAUCUGAUUUCCAUCCCCUUAAAAUAACCUGCCUACCAAUCAUCACACUGGUCAAAACCCAAUCUUUUUUGUACCUAUCCUCCAAUUUUGUGACCUCCCCAUCUCCCAAAAUACAGAGUCUAGGGCAGAACGAGAUCUGAGUGCACAGCGUCCAUGUUAAAGAGGAAACGAGCGCGCGGGUCCCGGAGCAGGGUUCAGCGCGCGAGCAGAACAGUGUGACGAAAGAAAGAAGGGAUGAGUGCUGCUAUAAAAAGGAGAGCAGAAAGAACAGAGAGGAGAGGAAGAGAAAUAAACAGCGCAGAUGUGAGUGUAGUGUACAGGCUGCUGAUUCUCUGUACUAAUCUGACUCGUGUAGGAUUUAUCAUUAUUACAGGGAGCUCAAUCUUUUUAUACUCUCGUGGAAUUUUAUCAAGCGCGAGGAGCAGGAAGAAUCCCUUCAUGCCAUGGAGAGAGAAAAGGGCAUGGAGGGCAUCAGAGUUCACCUACACGAGUGCGAUCUGUGGAGGAAGUUUCAUGACGUCACCACGGAAAUGAUCAUCACCAAAGCGGGCCGGCGAAUGUUCCCGAGUUACAAAGUGAAGGUCACAGGUCUGAACCCCAGAGCUAAAUACAUCCUGCUGAUGGACGUCGUGUCUGCUGAUGAGCACCGCUACAAAUAUGCAGAUAACAGAUGGUCAGUGAGUGGGAAAGCAGAUCCGGCUAUUCCGGGUCGACUGUACGUUCAUCCCGACUCUCCUGCACCUGGAGCUCACUGGACCAAACAACUCGUCUCCUUCCAGAAACUCAAACUGACCAACAACCACCUCGACACCUUCGGUCACAUCAUAUUAAACUCCAUGCAUAAAUACCAGCCUCGGCUGCACAUAGUGAAGGCUGAUGAGAAGAACGGUUUUGACUCCAGCAGCGCGGCGUUCUGCACACACUCAUUCCCCGAGACCACCUUCAUAGCCGUCACGUCCUACCAGAACCACACGAUCACUCAGUUAAAGAUUGAGAACAAUCCGUUUGCUAAGGGUUUCCGAGGUAACGACGACAUCGAUAUGCACCGAAUACUUUGUGCGCAGAGUAAGGAAUUCCCGCUGGUACCAAGAACGACAGUUCGCCCGAGAGUCGAUUCAGCCACGCCCUACACACGUAACCCCGCCCUCACGUCCGACUACACCUGCUCGGAGCCUCCAGGAAAACACACUCCUGCUUCAGAAGACGACUCUUUUGCCAAAACUGACUCCUCCUCUCACCUCCUGUCCUCCUCCUGUCAGAUGGAGUUUGGGUCGAGUAACGGCGCCCCCUACAGCGCGGAUUCAGUGCAGCGUCAGCCGUGUAUGUACACCACCGUACAGUGGGAAUCUUACACCGAGUGCCCACCUUAUUCAACGUUUACUUCCUCUCGGGAAGUGGGCGGGGCUUCAUACUCCAUCCCUGAGCUUUCCCAGGACAUCUACCCACAUUACACCUGUGAACUGGGCGUGCAGUCGCAUUGCCCGAUGGCUGAUUACGCUCUGUACAUGGAGCAGGAGCAGAGUCACGGCAUGAGAAGCGGAGUGGGGUGGUAGCUCAGAUCUCCAUCCUCCAGUGUAUCGGUCUCAGACAUUUACAUGCAACUGAGGGGUACAAAAGCCACGCCUCCUUUCCCACUUUCCCAUGACUGGCAGGUAUAGAGGCCACACCUACUUCUGUGGAACUAACAGACACAGAAUCCACGCCACCUUCCCUGUAAAUGACACGCCUGAGCCUGUACUCUUUGCUAAGGCUAACAGACUUAUAGGCCACACCUCCUUUGCUAAGACUGACAGGCCCAUAGGCCACACCUCCUUCCGUGGAACUGACAUGCCCAGAGGCCACAUGUCCUUCCUUGUAAAUGCCCAUAAGACAUCCAUCCUUCACUAAGACUGAGAGGCCCAGAGGCCACGCCUACUUCAAUGAGAUUGACAGUUACAGAGGCCUCACCCACUUCAAUGCGACUGAUGGCUACAGAGGCCACGCCUACUUCACUGAGACUGACAGCUACAGAGGCCAUGGCUACUUUACUAAGACUGAGAGGCCCGGAGGCCACGCCUACUUGACUAAGUCUGACAGCAACAGAGGCCACGCCUCCUUCAAUGGGUGACAGCUACAGAGGCCACGCCUUCUUCAUUGAUCCUGUGGAACCCAGAGGCCACGCCUCCUUCAGUAAGGACGGCGGACACAGAGGCCUAAAUGAAUCUUUGAAUCAGAGAAAUGAUUCCAGCAGUGAAUCUCUGAAUCAUAGACAAAAGCAACAGCAAUCAAUCUCUGAAUCACAUCUAAAUGAUUCCACCUUCUGACACAGCAAUAAAUCACCGAAUCAUAGACAAACGAUUCAGAAACCGGUCCCAUAAUUACUGAUAACAAGCUCAGCUAUUAAUUACUGAACCACUGGUAAAUGAAUCUUUAAUGAAUCUUUAGAUAACGGAAAUUAUUCAGUAAUGAAUCUAUAAAUCAUAGACAAAUGGAUCAGCAACGAAUCUCUGACAAAUGAUUCCACAUUCUGAAAUAAAUCUCUUAAUGACAGAUUGAAUCAUGUGUGUGUGUGUGUGUGUGUGUGUGUGUGUGAAAUAGCUCAGACAAUAAUACAAUAAGGGGAUAAACAAGAUCAUUCUGAAUCACUCAGACUAUUUAUUGUGUAGUUUUGAUUUGAACGAUUUACGGUCAAAUUUUAUUCACCAACUAUUGUACACUGUUUUAAACGGUUUUAUUUACUACAUACAGUCCCUUCCAAAACUAUUGGAACAGUGAGGUCAGGUCGUUAGUGUGUGCUGAACACCGAAGACGUCUGGGUUUGAGAUGAAAAGAUGGAGAUGAGACGAGAGUUUAGGAUUUCACUUUUUAUUUCCUGGUGUUUACAUCUAGACGUUUUAAACAACAUAAAACACAGACCCUUCUGUAUCAGACCACACAAUUUUCAGCUGAGCAAAAGUAUUGGAACAGAUAAGUCUUGAAGUAAAUAACAUAUAACAUGGUAGAUAUAAAUACCAGGAAAUAAAAAGCUGAGAUUCUAAACUCUCUUCUCAUUUUCAUCUUUUGAUCUGAAACCCAAAUGUCUUCAGUCUGCAGCAAAAAACAAAUGACUUGUCCUCGCCGUUCCAAUAGUUUCAGACGGGACUGUACUUUAUUUAUUUAUUCCCUCGUGAACUGUUCUAAAUGAAUCUGUAUACAGUAGACGUGUCUUGACGUGCUCGGGAGGCUGAAUAAAGACGAGAAAUUACAUUUGAUUCCUGUCUCGUUUUGAUAGUUUGGUGAAUAAUUACAUUUGAAAAUAAGUAACACGUUAGCACUUAUUAUAAAAAAAAAUACCAAAUAAUGAAACCAACAUUAGACAUGUUCAGAGAAUAUAUAUAUAUAUAUAUAAAAAGGAAAGUUUAGUGCUGUAGAAACUAGAUCCUUAAAUUUAAUUGAAUGUUAGUGCGAGUUUAUUCCCCAUGUCAGAGUGCACCACUUGGUGUUUUUACUGGAAUUGUGUAUCGUUUCACGCUACUGUAAAUCUCCACUCAGACAUGAAAGCACUACUAAAUCUGUCCAAACGUGACCCCGGGGCAGAUUUCCCGAUCAAGCCUAACCCUCCAUUAUGGCCUAUUAACCGUCCUGAGUGGCCUCUCUCUGAGCUAAUAGGGCAAUUUGGCUCGAGUCGAAUCUCCCUGCUGUUACAGACGCGGCUGGGGGGCUUCCACACACCCUGCUAAACAGCGCUUAGAUUAGCCUGUAAUCUCAUUAGCCUGUACAUCCCAAAGAGCCCCAUUUAACCCAAACAAGAGUUUAUGGCUGUGCGAUACGGAGACGCAGAGACGUACAUCAGCGCGACUGACCGCAUGCCAUCACGGCUCCCGAAACAGAGGUCAUGUGACGAUCAUAACGAGCGCCUCAACAUCUCGAUGAGUCCAUGCAUUUAGACUCAUCUGUUCAUCUGACGCUAAACGUUUACCUUCGGAGAAACAGUUCGGCAGUCCGUCAUGUUUUAGUAGAAGAGCGUCUGAGACCUAGCAUUCGUUUUUACCGAGUGAAGUGGAGGACCGAGCUAACAGCCUGCUAGCUAACCGGGUUAUUAGCGGCUCGACAGGCAGAAACAUGUACAGUAGAUUCUCCUGCUAACGGCUAGCACACAAGACCUUUCAGUACAUUCGCUACAUUACUAAACCGACUCUGCAAGCACCACCGGUGUGGCCAAGGCUAACAAUUUACUGAGCUAGCACACGAGUCUGUUAAGGACACUGUAGGAUCGCCGAAAACCACCGAAAACCGUCAGGAAUAUCAACAUUUCCCUCAGAGAACUAAUAACAGACUCCAAACUAGUAAAAUUAGACUGUAAUUACACACACACACACUCUCACACACUCUCCCUCACACACACACACUCUUGUUGAACUCCCUCUAAUGGGCUGUCUGCGGGUUUGUGAGAUUGAUAUGGAAUCUCGUCUAACAAAAUCCAAUCCAUUUCAUUUCAUUCUUCUGUGUCACAUGACCUCUCUCUCUCUCUCUCUGUCUAACUUAAUUGUUUUCUAAUUGUUGUUUGCGCUGUAUGUG